CACAUCCUGCUCUCCCUUCAGGUGCAGCCUCCUGACCCAGCCAGCAUCCGUGUGCUGCGGGGACAUCAGCUGCCCGUCACCUGCCUGGUCAUUUCUCCAGACGACAGGUUCAUCUUUUCCGCUUCCAAGGACGGCUCCCUCAUCAAAUGGGAUGUGGAGAGCGGGAAGAGGCUGUGUGUGGUCCCUGGAGGGAAGAAAGUCAGCGAGGAGCGGCACAUGGGGCACGUGUCCCAAGUCCUCUGCAUGGCCAUCUCGUCAGAUGGCAAGUACCUGGCCACGGGAGACAGGAACAAGCUGAUCAUGAUCUGGGACGCAGCCACCUGCAAGCGCCUGCACAUCUUCACCGGGCACCGCGAUACCGUCUCGGGCCUGUCCUUCCAGAAGGGCACACACCAGCUGUACAGCGCUUCCCACGACCGCUGCGUCAAGGUCUGGAACGUGGCAGAGAACGCAUACGUGGAAACCUUGUUCGGGCACCAGGACAUCAUCACGGGGCUGGACAGCCUGAGCCGGGAGUGCUGUGUGACGUCGGGGGGACGGGACUGCACCGUGCGGCUCUGGAAGAUCCCGGAGGAGUCACAGCUCGUGUUUUGCGGGCACCAGGGCUCCAUUGACUGCAUCCAGCUCAUCAACGAGGAGCACAUGGUGUCAGGUGCCGAUGACGGGUCCGUAGCGCUGUGGGGGCUGACACGGAAGAAGCCGCUGGCAUUGGCCCGGCAGGCGCACGGAAUGCAGGACGCCCAGGGCCUCCAGCAGCCCUACUGGAUCUCGGCGGUGGCCGCCCUGCGCAACAGUGACCUCCUGGCUACAGGCUCCCACAGUGGCACUGUGAAACUCUGGAAGUGCAGUGAGGGUUUUCGGAAGCUGGAGCCCCUCUGGGACAUCCCCUUGGUGGGUUUUGUCAACAGUCUCAAGUUCUCAACAGCUGGUGACUUCCUGGUGGCAGGCAUCGGGCAGGAGCACCGUCUCGGCCGGUGGUGGAGACUCAAAGAAGCCAAAAACAGCAUCUGCAUCAUCCCCCUGAAACAGAGAGCAGCACCCCCCAGCCCCAAAGCCCCUGACAGCUCCUAG